AAAAAGGACUGGAUAGUUGGUAACUUAUCAGGAAAAUAGUAUAUGCCAAAUUAACUUCAAAUGACGGAUAAAAAGGACCAUGAUGGUUGGUAACUUUUCCAGAGUCUCUGCAUCGUAGGAACUGAAACUUGCAUAAUCUCAUCACAUGCAAUCUGUUGUUAGUAAAAAAAAAAAAUUCAUUAACGCGAUCAACUCUUCCCAAGGCAUCGUAUCACACUUUGGAAUGAAAUUUACAAGGAACGAGUGGGCUCUUUAAUAAUUAUCCACCUCAGGCUUAUAUAUUCAGAGGAGUUAGCUAAGUUAUAGUAUUUGUUAAUUGAGCAUUUGGGCUCAUAUUAGCAAAGCCAUGUGAAGUAGGGACCCAUAGCCCAUGACAACAGCUGAACUUCGGUGGCAACACAUGCAAGGGAGCUACUAUAAAUAUAACCUUUCCAGUGCAACCUUCACAACAAUUUCUUUCAGAUCAACUACAAACAGUUAAUUUAAUCAAUCUCCACAUCCAGUUCAGUCCUGUAUAUCAAACACCAAGUUAAUUACUUUUCACUAUAAAAUAGUGAUCAUAUCAUGGGUAUUCGUUUGCUUUCUAUGAUUUCCAGUGUCAAGCAAUUCCACAAGUUGCAAUCUGUUCUUACGAGGAAUCAAAUAUCAGAUGUGCCGAAAGGACAUUUUGCAGUUUACGUAGGAGAAACAGAGAAGAAGCGAUACGUGGUUCCCAUUGCAUACUUGAAUCAUACUUCGUUUCAAGAAUUGCUUCAGAAAGCAGAGGAAGAGUUCGGGUUUCAACAUCCGAUGGGCGGUCUCACAAUACCCUGCAAUGAAGAUGCAUUUUUUCAUGUUACUUCUCGAUUGAACACUUGUUUGUGAAAUGAAGCAGCAUUCUACCGACUUAGAUUAGAGCUUAGGAUUUAGAACUUUCUUUUCUCUUCGAUUUUCAUUUUUUCCUUUUGCCACGCAAGAGCUGUAAACUUAAUUAUAUAUAGACAAAGCCUUGCAAUCAAAGUUUUACUUGGUUUGUCUUGGAAAUGAAAUGCCAAAUUCUUUAACAGUACUGCUGGACUAGCUGCUCUUUUGUUCUUUCAAUUUUCCCAAGAAAAAGAAAGAAAAAAACCCCACCUUGUACAAGUGAGAAACUUACAGUAACCGUUCGAACUCAGAGGAAGAUAACAUAGCCAAAUCUUCUACGCAACGGAUUGAUGCUGUAGCACACCAUUAAUAAUGACUA